UGCAGAUGUAGUUACACAAAGAUUUUACAACUUUGAUCAUUUACUGCAGAGAGUCAUAAGAUGGAGCGUUGCAAUCUUUUGCCUGUUUUUCUAAUGUUGCUAUUGGCUUCUCUGUAUGUUGAUCAUGCAGCUGCAAGGGAUCACAGCUGUUGCCUUGCCUAUUCCAAAAAGCCAUUGCCAAGUAGUCGGAUAAAAGGCUACACAAUACAGACCAACAAAAAUUCAUGCAACAUUGAAGCAGUAAUAUUCCAUACAAUCAACGACAAACAUGUUUGUGCAAACCCAAGAGAUAAAUGGGUGUUGAAGAGAAUCCAACAUCUGAAGGUUGAAGUGGAAAGAAUGUCUUAAAGAAAUAUACACUUUACAGUCAGUAAGAAAGGAAUCGCUAUUUGCAACACAAAAUG